UAUAUGGACUAAUACAUUAUGAAUGCAAAGCUUCAAUGGCAUCAUUGUAUGCACCAAGUCAUCACAUCAACGUCAAUGCAGUGAGUCGGUUGACUGCAGGGAUUAUUAAUGUCCAGCAGGUGUCAGUAUUCAGUGACACAAUAUCGCCUUAUUUACCCAUCACUAUUUCUUUCUCUUUACCAAAUGCGAUAUAAAGCUUUUAGCAACUAUUCAAGUUCUGUUCAUAUUGUGGUCGCCUUCGAUAAAUUGGAGCUACGUUACUUUUCCAAUUAGAUCAGCCUAAAUUCCAUGCUCAAUUCUCGGUGUAUUUUAUCGAUAUGUUGAAAAAAAAUAAACACAACAUCCGGUUUUAUUACGUAAACCUGUGACUCAACUUCCAGGCCGACUGGCCCCGCCCCUCUCUAAAAGUUCAACCAAUAGCGGCAGCGCUUAUUGAACCGCGGAGUUUACCGCUCAAACCAAACGCGCCGAGAUUUUUUUCUUCUGACAAUCGUUCUGGAUUCAAGCUUCAAACUGGCACCUGGUCAGUGGCUGACGGCUGCAUCGGAAAAUGGGGAUCUCUGGGUUACUGCAGUUCAUCAAGGAUGCAGGGGAGCCCGUCAACGUGAAGAAGUACAAAGGCCAGGCUGUGGCUGUGGACACUUACUGCUGGUUACACAAGGGGGCCUUUUCCUGCGCAGACAAACUGGCCAAAGGAGAACCCACUGACCAGUACGUGUGGUACUGCAUGAAGUUUGUGGACAUGCUUCUGAAUUUUGGAGUCAAACCCAUUUUGGUGUUUGAUGGACGCAAUCUACCUUCAAAGAGAGAAGUGGAAAAGUCUCGCAGAGAGCGCAGAGAGGCGAACCUGCAGAAAGGCCGGCAGCUGCUGCGAGAGGGGAAGCUGUCGGAGGCCAGGGAGUGUUUCACCCGCUGUGUCAACAUCACCCCUGACAUGGCUCACAAUCUGAUCAAGGCUGCCCGAGCCAGAGGUGUCGACUGCAUUGUGGCUCCGUAUGAAGCCGACGCUCAGCUGGCUCACCUGACCAAGACCGGCCUGGCUCAGGCCGUCAUCACGGAAGACUCUGACCUGCUGGCUUUCGGCUGCAAGAAGGUGAUCCUGAAAAUGGACAGGCAGGGUAAUGGCCUGGAGAUCGACCAGAGCAACCUGGGUCGCUGCCGCUCGCUGGGCAAUGUGUUCACAGAGGAGAAGUUUCGACACAUGUGCAUCCUCUCGGGUUGUGACUACCUGUCCUCUCUGCAUGGCAUCGGCCUGGGGAAGGCCUGCAAGCUCCUGCGCCUGGCCAGAGACCCCGACAUCCUCAAGGUGAUCAGAAAGAUGGGUCAGUACCUGAAGAUGAAUCUGGUGGUUCCUGAGGAGUACCUGAGCGGGUUCGUCCGAGCCAACAACACCUUCCUCUACCAACUCGUGUUUGACCCUGUAACCAGGAAGGUUGUGCCCCUCAACUCGUACCCGGACCACGUGGACCCCUCCACCCUGAGCUACGCUGGACUACAUUUGGGAGACGACACGGGGCUGCAGAUGGCUCUGGGGAACCUGGACAUCAACACGUUGAAGCCCAUCGACAACUUCAACCCUGACAAACCCACGGCGCCGGCGCCUAAACCUCGCAGCCGGAGUUGGAGCGACGCUCCCGCCCCGUCUCACCUCAGUAUCUGGAGCAGAGGCGCCAACCUGCCUCCUGCUGAUACUCCUGCGGCGCCCUCCGCUGACAGACCUCCAUCCACCAGGGGGAAGGAGAGAGUCGUGGGUCUACAGGGCCUGAAGCUGCCCUCCAGAGAGCUGCAGCUGAAGAGGCCCAGAGAAGACUCUGGCGUGUCCGACCAGGACGUCCUGGACCAGUACUCCUCCAGUCAGAAGAGACCCCGCUCAGAGGAGACGCCAGGCACCUCCAAGCCUGCAGCGAUGGCUCAGCCGAGGCUUCGGAACCGAUUCAGCACUUUACUGCAGAGACGGAACCAGCAGGCGGAGGGCGAGGAGCGAGCCACGUGCAGCAGGUUCUUCAGCAGCUCUGCACCAGUCCUCCUGCCAGACUCAGACCAACUGCAGGAGGACGACUCGCUCCAGCGUCCGCCUCCUGCCGAGGACAAGCCGCACCAGCAGGACUCCGACGUUGAAGGUCCUGAGGUGCCCUCUGUGGAGACACCCAGCCCCUCCCCCCCUUCUGCUGGCAGCCAGGGCCUCAACUUGUUCCAGUGGUCCGGGAGGUCCCCCUUAGGAGAGACGCUGAGAAAGUCCACGUCCGCUCUGAGUGCUCUGCAGCAGUUCCAGUAUAAGAAGGAGUGUGUCUCCUCCCUGAAGACCUCACCUGACUCUGAGGAUGAGCUGAGCCACUCGCCUCCCUCCCAGGACAGCGCCUACUUCUCCCAGUCCCAGUCCCGAGUCUCACCUGUACAGCCAGAGGAAGAGUCCAGCAGUGACCUCCUGUCUCAGCGUGAGGACACGUCUUCACGUAGCGACCCGGCUCCUAGGAGCAGUCCACCACGCCCUGGUGACAGUCGCGCCACACACAGACCAAAGGUUUCCAGGUCCCUCAGCCUGGGUCAGGGCUCCAGAGGCCGAGGUCUGGGUCCAGCCCGGGCCAGCGGUCUGAGGAGGACUUCGAAGAAGAGCCCCUCCUCCAGCAAUGAGAACAGCCCAGCCGUCCAGGCCACCAUCAGCAGCCUGUGGAAGAACUUCAGCUUCAGCAAGCACAGCCCCAAGGUGGCGCCCUGUAAGAAAGGAGCACCUCUGUCUCCUGUGGAGGACAACCUGCUGACCUCCUCACCUGCCGCUGACCUCCACACCAUGGGCUGCUGACGGCGGUCGUGAGGUCACUGGUGCGGGUCAAGGUUUUAAACAUACCGUGUAUGUUCCUGCUACUGACUUGAAUAAAGUGACGCUGCUGACGUCAACAACGAGGUCGGCGCUUCCUGCUGCCCCGUGCGACUGGACGUGUCGGCGCUGCCGGGCGACUCAUACACUCACCUCUGGGGAGGUCGGUCCUCGCCAGAAUGAUCUGAAGAUGAGUUGGGUUCCAUGCUGCUGACCUCUUCCAAUUUACAUUUGGAGCCUAACGCUCACCUGCAUUUCUGCGCAUUAAAACCAGUCGCCUGCUGAUGGACCUCGGUGCUUUGGACCUGUGCAUCGUGUGGUCGAGCUUCAGCCCCCGACUUGCUCAAGACUGUCCGCAGACAUUCCACUGACUCAGGAAAUGUGACUCGAGCUUCAGGAGUCAAUGUGAAAAAUGAAAAUACUAACACUGAACCAUGCACACACCAGUGUUUUCCUGUCCCUGCUGCUACUGCUCAUUUGUGAGGAUUUACAAUAAACACAUUUCACGGGUUUUGUGUGUGUCGUCACUGCUGUUGAGAAACGGACACCAGGCAAAGCACACGACCUUCGGAUCCCUGUCUGCUGCGACCAAAGCUUUUGUUCUCCUCACAGU